GUGGGGGGAGCGGGGCGGGGAGAUGGAUAAACUGACCAUCAUCUCAGGAUGUCUCUUUCUGGCCGCCGAUAUCUUUGCCAUCGCCAGCAUCGCCAACCCGGACUGGAUCAACACCGGGGAGUCCGCGGGAGCACUCACUGUGGGCCUAGUGCGACAGUGUCAAACAAUCCAUGGACGAGACCGGACAUGCAUCCCUCCCCGGCUUCCCCCCGAGUGGGUCACCACACUGUUUUUUAUCAUCAUGGGAAUCAUUUCAUUGACUGUCACAUGUGGUUUGCUGGUGGCUUCCCACUGGCGAAGAGAAGCUACAAAAUAUGCUCGUUGGAUAGCAUUCACUGGAAUGAUCCUUUUCUGUAUGGCUGCCCUAAUAUUUCCAAUAGGAUUUUACAUCAAUGAAGUCGGAGGUCAACCUUAUAAAUUACCCAACAACACAGUAGUUGGGUCAUCAUAUGUACUUUUUGUCUUAUCAAUUUUCUUUACAAUAGUAGGACUUCUAUUUGCUGGCAAAGUUUGUUUACCGGGCUGAUGAAUGUCUAAACUGCUUGACUUUCUUUUUUUUUUUUUUUUUUUUUUAAGAGGGUGGGAGGACAAAGACAAGGCAUCUGAGCAAUCCUUUCAUAGGAAGAUGCUUAGAUGAAACUGAUGUCGAAAAGAAAAAUUCUUUGAUUUGUUCUCACUAUGCACUUUGGAUUAAAAAAAAAAUGAGGAAAGCCUUUUUCAUAACCAAAUACAGACAAUAUUGACUAAAUCUCCUGAGCACAUCAGGCAGUCAGUCUGCACUGUGAUAGCAACCUAGUGAAGGAGAUGCUUUAUACUGAAAAGCAUGUGGCCCUUUGUGACUCUGUUGUUCCGUUUUUAAUGUCUAAAAAUUCAUUUGAGGAAUAAAAAAACAGUCUAAGUAUUUAUGAAUCAUGAUGGACCAGAGGGGAUGCAAGAGAAGUUCAUGUGGGGCUGGCCUCACCUCCCAAGAAAUUAGUAUUUACAACUUUCUUGUAACGGUUUAAGCUUUUAGCACCAGAAUGAAUUGCCAUUGCAUUACUGUACCAAGAAGCCAACAGAUCAAAACUUGUUUGCUAAAAUAUAUGUAAAAAUUCUGAAAUUCCCAAUUUCUGUGUACAAAACAAGGAAAAAGAAAUCAAACACUAAAGACAUGUUGUUUGGGGUGGGUGGGGGAAAUCUUCCUUAUAUUUAUAUAAAUAUAUAUAAUAUAUAUAUUUUGCUGAUGCCGUAUAUAGUGUGUAUAUAUGUGUGUGUGUGUAUGUGUGUGUAAAUCUAUGUAUGCACACAUGCAAACAGUUCUUGGAAGAGAAUUCUGAAUGCUUUGCCAGCAACACACUGUGGUGUGCAAACCUAGAACUCAAUAGAAAACAAGCCAUUUAUCUGAAGGCUGCAUAGUGGAGAGAGUCUUCAGUUUACCUCAUUCUUUGUAGCAGCCCUUGAUUUUAACAGGUUUUUGUAAUAGGUACAAAUAAUCCCAUACAUUUCUAGGUGCAAUUUUAAGUUAAGCUAAAAAUUCUUUCUAGGGUUAAUUUAUUUGUAUAUGAUAGUAGAAGGUAAGAUCAUGUCAAACCUUAUAAUUUGGGGAAUCUGACACUAUUUAAAUUAUUGGCAACUGUUGUCUAUUGUAUAGAGAUUCUUUUUUUUUUACUGGCUUGGGUCUGAACAUUAAUAAUGCAUUUUAUAUGUUCAAGCACACAACUUUACAUAACUACAAAGUUCAGUAGCAAAUAUCUGGCUGUUUUAGCUAUUUAUACUAAUUUCAUUCUGCCAUAAAAAUUAAAUUUCUAGUCUUUUAAUCUGUCAGCAUUAUUAAUAUAUCUUUACCAAAUACUUGAGCAAUACAAUAUUUUCUUUAUGUGCUAUAUGCCUUUGUUUACUAAAAGCUAACAUUUUUGCAUUUAUGUUAAAGGCUGUACUAAACCCACAGCUUUUAGGUUUUUCCCUAAAAGAAGAUUACAGCUAACUUUUGAACUCACAAGUAGUUUUAAAGUACAAUAUUUCUCUUCUCCACAUUUCCAUGCCUUCAUGUCAAUGCUUAGUUGUUUUUUCUGCCGAACACUAUAGAUAAUCUCCUGUUUAAAAUGUGGGCAGAAGGGUGUUUCAUGGCAAUAGAGCUAAGUUUUUUCUCUUAAUAGUGAAAUAGCAACCCAAAUGUCCCUAUUGCUAAGUAGAGGUAGAGUCCCAUGUAGCCCAUGCUUCACACAAACAGAAGUAAAUGCACUGUUUUUUAAGAAGCUAAAUUAAAAAAAAAUAGAAUAGAUACUUCCAGGAUGGGGUUACCUCCUCAGAUAUUCAUAGUAUGAAAUGGAAGGGCUUGAUGUGUUUCACACUGGCUUGUUUGAUAUGCAUAUAUGUUACUAUAAAUGUAAAUCCAGCAGUGUUGCAUUGUAAAAACCUCGUAUUUCAGCUCACUGGGAGUUGAGGGGGGGAUUUGAACUACCCUAUGGUGCAUUCCUUGAGUGUUCAAGGGGAAUAUUAUACUUUUCCUUCCCCGGGUUUAAAAAAAAAAA